GUUCAUUUCGAUUCUCUCAGAAACAAACAAACAAAAAAACAUGGGAUCAACACCUGAAAUCAUAACUUUACAAUUCGGCAACUACACGAAUUACGUCGGGACUCAUUUAUGGAACAUCCAAGAAGCCCAAUUCAACUAUGAUCCCCUCGCCGAACCGAGUGACAUCAAUCACGACGUGCUUUUCCGCGAAGGCAAAACUUUCAAAGGAGACGUUACCUUCACCCCUCGCGUCUUAAUUUGCGAUUUAAAGGGUUCCUACACAAAUUUCCCGCAAGAAGGCGAACUAUAUGCAGGACCCGUGUCUUCUGUGGAUCAAAUUCGAUCGGAUAUCGCGUGGGACGAAUCAAAAAUCGAAAUUUUAGACGAAGAGGAAAAAAGUAAAAAAACUAAAAAUGACUUUCAUCAAGAUCUGGAAAAGCCCGAAGCGGAUCCCGAAAGCAAAGAAUACAAUUUCGCCGAAAAUGUGACAGAAUGGAGCGAUUUCAUGUAUUCGCGACAUCAUCCAAGAAGUGUAAAUAUUAUUAAAGAAUAUCAGCAUGAAACGAGCGAAACUUCAUUCGAUACAUUCGCUGCGGGAGAAGAGCUAUGGAAACAUUUUGAAGACGAUUUCGGGGAUAAAAUCCGAAAUAUCUUGGAAGAGUGCGAUUUUUGUCAAGGAUUUCAAGUUUUAUUCGACGUCUUUGAUGGUUUUUCGGGUUUAGCAACGAAAUGCGGCGAACAUUUGAACGACGAGUAUGGCAAAACGCUCUUUUGUGUCCCAAUUUUCGCUCCAACUGCCCGUGAAUUCAAGAAUUGCGACGAUCCCAUGAGUGACAGUAUUCGUUUGAUGAACAUCGCGCUGACUUUUUCGCAACUUUCGGAAAGUAGCGCAUUUUUUAUCCCGCUUUCGACGAUGAGUCGUGUCUGGAGAGCCAUUGAACAACCUCGUGCCUUCCAAAAUUUGGAUUAUCAUCCGGAAAAUUAUUAUCAAACGGCUUCUAUUCUCGCUACGUACCUCGACACACUUAGUUUGAGGUAUCGUUUGCGUUAUCCGAGUGGCGGAAGUUACUUAUCCCAUCUUUGCACCGACAUGAAUCGAUAUGGCAGGAAAAUGGGCGCCGCAGGACUUGCAAUGCCUUUUAAAAUGGGUGCUGAAGAAGAUUUAAUUGAAUAUUUGGAUCGCGUUGAAGGUCCUUUGUUCGAUAAUUUGUCGCCGCAUUGCGAGCCAGGCACAGAUCGGGUGCUCCAAAGCAUUUGUAUGCGCGGGAUCCCCGAAACGCGCCUCAAAAAACCUCGAGAAAAGGCGGGAAAACAAGUUCAGAUGGCAGCAUACAAGUGUUCUUCGGUCGGAGAGAUGAUCCAACUUUACUACCAAUGCAGUUAUUACAGUAGUUUUGCUCAUGUGACGUCAAUUGAGGAUCCCAUGAAGCUCCGACAACCCUUCCCGCGGGAGAUUUUGUCCAAAAAUCUGAGUCGAAAUGGAUUUUCGUUGCCUGAAAUGCCGGAAAAUCCAUCGAGAAUUGAAUCUAUGCCUGUUAUGGCGACCGUUCAGGUGUCAAGUGCCUUAUCGAAUACGCUGGAAGCACUCCAUCGAGACACAAAACGCAUUAAAUUCGCGAAAAUUCAUCGUUUUAAGGAAUCUGGAAUGGAAAAUGAUGAGUACGAGGAGUCUCUCGAACGAUUAUUGAGCUUUAAAGAAAAUUACGAUGAAGGGUUUGAACUUUAAUUCAAGAUUUUAUUAAAAAAAUGCAUUUUUUUUAUUUUUUUAUGAAAUAAAACCAUCACCUAACACGAAAUUCACCUUUUUAAGGCCA